AUGGCAACUCAAACUUUCCUCUACUGCUCUCUCUUAGCCAUAACCAUCACCUUCUUCGUUUCCUCUUCUUCAGCUCACCGGUCAAACCUAACCGUCGAGCUAAUCCACCGUGACUCUCCCCAUUCUCCACUCUACAACCCUCUCCACACUGUCUCCGACCGUCUCAACGCCGCUUUCCUCCGUUCAAUCUCCCGUUCCCGCCAUUUCUCAACCAAAACCGAUCUCCAAUCCGGUUUAAUAGCAACCGGCGGCGAAUACUUCAUGACCAUCUCAAUCGGUACUCCACCGUCGAAACUCCUCGCCAUCGCCGACACGGGAAGUGACCUAACUUGGGUCCAAUGCAAACCAUGUCAACAAUGUUACAAACAAAACAGUCCAAUUUUCGACAAGAAGCAAUCUUCGACGUACAAAACCGAAUCUUGCGAUUCCAAAGCCUGUCACGCUUUAUCCGAAAGCGAACAAGGAUGCGACGAGUCGAACAACAUCUGCAAAUACCGUUACUCUUAUGGAGACGAGUCGUUUUCAAAAGGAGACGUUGCAACCGAAACAAUCUCCAUUGAUUCUUCCUCUGGCUCCUCUGUUUCUUUCCCCGGUACAGUCUUCGGUUGCGGCUACAACAACGGCGGUACGUUCGAGGAAACCGGAUCUGGAAUCAUCGGUCUAGGAGGCGGUCCGUUAUCGUUAGUAUCACAGCUCGGUUCUUCGAUAGAGAAGAAAUUCUCGUAUUGCUUGUCACACACGUCAUCUACAACAAACGGUACAAGUGUCAUAAACCUAGGAACCAACUCGAUUCCUUCAAGCGCAAGCAAAGAUUCGAAUGUGCUCACUACGCCGUUAGUUCAAAAAGUCCCCGAGACUUACUAUUUCUUGACCCUAGAAGCAAUCAGCGUCGGCAAAACCAAGCUUCCGUACACCGGAGGAGGAGGAGGUUUAAACGACGCCGGGAAAUCGAAGACGACGACCGGUAACAUCAUAAUCGAUUCAGGCACGACGCUCACGCUUCUUGAAUCUGGAUUUUACGAUGGUUUUGGUGCGGCGGUGGAAAAAAAGGUGACCGGAGCAAAGCGUGUAAGUGAUCCGGAGGGGAUUUUACCGUACUGUUUCAGAGCCGGAGACAAAGCGAUUGGUUUGCCGGAGAUAACAAUGCAUUUCACGGAAGCUGACGUGAAGCUGAGUCCGAUCAACGCGUUCGUGAAGAUGAGUGAAGAUAUGGUGUGUUUGAGUAUGAUUCCGACAACUGAAGUUGCUAUCUACGGGAACUUGGUUCAGAUGGAUUUUCUUGUCGGGUAUGACUUGGAGAAGAAGACGGUGUCGUUUCAGCGCAUGGAUUGCUCUGGUAGCUUGUGA